UAUUCAAUUUGUUUCUUGCAUUGACAGACGGAUGUCACCUUUGAGCUUGAAAAGUUGAGAAUCAAACUAAGACAUGCGAGAGGAAUGUACGCAAUCGCUCAACGAGAGACGAUCGACGCCUCUCGAAAGCUGAACCAUCUAAAUAAACAACGAUCGGAGGACGCUAGGAAGCUCGACGAGAUCAAGAACAGAGAGGCGGCUGCCAAAGAAUUUGCAAGGGAAGAGAGAACGAAGCGUGAAGCUUUAAGAAGAGAAGCAAAGUACGUAAAAGAACGCGCCGAAAGAGAGGGCAUCUAUAGGAAGGAAGCAGAGACAAAAGCUCUUCAAGAUGCCAAAGAGAAAGGAAAGCAUGAGAAUGCUCUUGAAGGACCUCUGCAGCAAUACCAACAUUUUCAGUGGGAAGAUAUUGUUUCUGCAACAUCAUCUUUCUCAGAGGAUCUUAAGCUUGGAAUGGGAGCACAUGGAACAGUUUAUAAGUGCAGUUUACAUCAUACAACUGUAGCAGUAAAGGUUCUUCAUUCUAGAGAUGAUCACAAAAAGACCCAAUUUCUUCAGGAGCUCGAAAUCUUGAGCAAAAUCCAUCAUCCUCAUCUACUACUCCUCCUCGGUGCAUGUCCGGAUAUGAACUGUCUGGUUUAUGAGUACAUGGAAAAUGGUAGCUUGGAGGAUAGGUUAUACUGCAGAGGCAAUACACCAGCAAUUCCAUGGUAUGAGAGAUUCCGAAUAGCUUGGGAAAUAGCCUCGGCUCUCGUCUUUCUUCACAGCUCAAAACCAAAACCGAUAAUCCACCGCGAUCUUAAGCCAGCAAACAUAUUACUCGACCGAAACCUCGUGAGCAAAAUCGGCGACGUCGGUCUAUCUACCGUGUUCAACUCAGACCCAUUAAUGUCUACUGCAUUCAAGAACAGUGGACCAGUUGGGACUCUUUGUUACAUUGAUCCCGAGUACCAACGAAGCGGAUUAAUCUCGCCGAAGUCGGAUGUGUAUGCUUUUGGAAUGGUGAUCUUGCAGUUACUAACUGCAAAACCAGCAGUAGCACUAACCCAUGUGGUGGAAACAGCCAUUGAUAACUGCAGUUUAGAUAAGGUUCUGGAUAUAGAGGCUGGACAUUGGCCGGUGGAAGAAACAUAUGAACUAGCAAGAUUAGGACUUCACUGUGCAGAGAUGCAACGUAAAGAUAGGCCUGACUUGAAGGAUCAUGUGCUUCCCUUGUUGCUGACACUGAAAAAGGUUGCUGAUGAGGCUCGAAGUUUGGCCUCAAAAGUUCCAGCUCCGAUUCCUAAUCAUUUCAUCUGUCCAAUUCUUCAGGACGUGAUGAAUGACCCGUGUGUAGCUGCAGAUGGGUACACGUACGAUCGUUGGGCGAUCGAGAAGUGGCUACAAGAGAACGAUAACUCACCGAUCACGAAGUUGCCGUUGACAGAUAAGAAUUUGAUACCAAAUUUCAGUCUUCUCUCUGCAAUUGUUGAGUGGAACUCCAGAAAAAACUGAUACUUACAACCAUUUAUAAGAUAAAUUAAUUACAAGACAAAAUAUAGUGUUCAUAUAAUGUUCAUAUAAUGUAAAGUUCAGUUUUGAUUUUGUUAUUA